AUGGCGCAGACGGUCACAACAACAAGAAUUGCCUCACGAGUACCACUGACUUCCAGGAUGUCCACCACCUUGGAUGAGGAUGCUCAAGUUGUUCGGAAGUCCGUCGGACUGCGCCGCGUGGAUGCCACAUUCAUGAAUGGCCUCUCAACUCUCAAUGGAGAGGGUGCUACCAUCGGACGAGGCUUUCCAAUUGAAGGUAUCCCGACAUUCGUGGAUCCCUACAAGGCACGGCAAUGGGCAUUGGAGCAUAUGGCUGGAGCUUUUAGGGUCAUGGCACGGAAAGGUUACCUCGAGGGUACUGCCGGACACAUAUCUGUCCGGGAUCCCGUCGACCCUGACACAUUCUGGAUCAACCCUCUAGCCCGACAUUUUGCAAUGAUGAGAGUUAGCGACCUUGUUCAGGUAAAUAUGAAUGGAGAGGUCAUAGGUGGAAACAAGGCUUGUAUUAAUAAUGCCGGCUUCACUAUUCAUUCAGCUCUCCACGCCGCCCGACCAGACGUGAACGCUGCCUGCCAUUUCCACAGUAUCCACGGGAAGGCCUGGUCUUGUUUCAACCGACCCCUGGAGAUGCUGAACCAGGAUGCCUGCACCUUUUACAAUGACCAUGCUGUUUACGAUACAUUCGGCGGUAUCGCUUUUGAAGGUGAAGAAGGCAGGCGAAUCGCAGGUGCUCUGGGCGAUAAACGGUGCGCGAUUCUCAAGAAUCAUGGGCUUCUGACGACAGGGAGCACUGUCGACGAGGCAGCGUUCCUCUUCACGCUAAUGGAGAAUACCUGUCGGGCACAGUUGCUCGCCGAGGCUGCCUCGGCUUCUGGGAUUCGAAAGCACAUAUGUCCUCAUGAAGAGGCAGAGUACACAUACAGACUCACAACGCCAGAAUCCAUGUGGUUGGAAUUCCAACCCGACUACGAAUACGAGUUGCAGGAAUCGGGUGGGAGCUUGUUGAAUUAG